AUGUUUAAACUGCCUUCUUUCGAUAACGAUCAAAGGGAAGCAAUAGAGAGAGCUAAAACGUUUACUGUCAAACAGAGCAUUAAAAAAGCUUUGGAAAAGCAGUCACUGCGAAGAUAUCUUCAAUCUGGUUAUAAUGCAAGACGUUCUCAAACACUUGAUCUUUUGAAUCGUAUAUAUGUGGGUUCCAUUUGUUAUGAUUUAAGAGAAGAUGCAGUUCCACAAGUGUUCUCUCUAUUUGGAAUUGUUCCAUCUGUCAACCUCCGCUGGGACUCUCUCAGUCAGAAACACAGAGGAUUCGCUUUUUUAGAGUUUGAGUAUCCAGAAGCAGCAUUCUCAGCGCUACAAAAUAUGAAUAAUGUUUGUUUAAGAGGUCGUCAGCUGGCAGUAUUUACGGACAUGAAAGACACCUACAGCUGCCACAGUUACAGAGAAACUUUUGGCGAUGGAGGCAAGAAACACUGGAAACGUAGCAGUAGAAUGCAUGACGUGACUGAAGCUCAAAAGCCCAAAGUUUUCAGAUCUGAAGAAAACGAAGAAAUCACACUAGAGCAUUAA